UAUGGCCGCUGUACAAAAUCCAGGACGCACCGACUGGGCCGACGAUGGCGACGAGCCCGAUCUCGCGACUGCCAUCCCCGCACCACAAAUCACCAAGAACAAGGACGGCACCGAGACCGUCAUCACAAUCUUCAUCAACGAGGACGGAAAGCGUGUGAAGCGUACACAACGUAUCCGGAGAACAGUGGUCAAGAAGAGGGAGAAUCCGCGUGUUGCAGAGCGGAGAGGAUGGGCGAAAAUCGGUGGUGAGGCUGGAAAGCCACCUGGCCCACGACCCGACACCACGACAUUGGGCGAGAACAUCAUCUUCAAGCCACAGGCGGGAUAUAAGAGCGGACAGCAGCAGGAGGAGAAGCCGGACGAGGCAAAGAAGAACGACAAGCUGAGGACGAUGCAAAUCAAGUGUCGUAUUUGCAGCGGAGACCAUUUCACAACCAAAUGUCCUUUCAAGGACACCAUGGCGCCCGAAGGCGAGGCGGCGGGUGCUCCGGCAGACAUGGAAUCUGUCAAUGGAACUGCAGAGGGCGGUCUGGGUCUUGGAGGAGGUGGCUACGUUCCACCGCAUCUCCGAAAGGGUGGUGCGGCUCGCGAAGGAGAGCGCAUGGGUGGCAAGUUCGAGCGCGACGAUCUGGCUACGCUCAGAGUCACAAACGUGUCGGAGUUUGCAGAGGAGGGAGAUUUGCGCGAGAUCUUCGAGCGACACGGCCGUGUCACGCGUGUUUUCCUCGCAAAGGACCGAGAAACGGGCAGAGCAAAGGGUUUCGCUUUCGUGUCAUACGCAGACCGUGCGGACGCGGCACGAGCGGCGGAGAGAGUGGACGGGUACGGUUUUGGUCACUUGAUUCUGCGCGUCGAGUUUGCGAAGAAGGCUACCACCUGA